GGGAACGGCUGGAGCUGGACGAGGUCGGCGUCAUUGAGGUUCCAAUUGUACUGUCACCGCCAUUGCAGACAGCUCUUUUCACGCUCUCCAGUCGCUUUGGCGAGCUUUGCGUCGGCUCAUUUAUUGUCACGAGCUGUCCGCAAGCGACUUUCUAAUGAGAUUGCUAAUCUCCUCGCCAUCACCAUAAAUGAUGCCAUUCAAAGUGCUAACGCAGUUCAGCGAACCACAAUCCAGCUGCUCUUCGACUGCCGCGUUCUCUCAGUGCUAUGUUCGCCUGAUAGAGUUGAAGAAUCUCAUUCCACUGAUAGAGAGCCGGAUCGAUCCAUUUGA